GAAACGGGCACACAUAUCGCCGAAAAGUAUUAUUCUAGGCAUUUAAAUAUUAAAACUGUGACAUGGAUGCCAGUGAAAUAACAAAACCUGUUUUUAUAUAAGUAAAUAGGUGAUAACUGUCACUUGAUCACCAAAAAUGCAUAGGUAGGCUAUUCGGCUGUAGAAAAUGUUGCGAAAGCACACACCAGCAAAACGCACACCAGAUAAAACCUGUUAAUUUAUUAAGCAUUGCAUUAUGCGUGUGUGUGCGUGCGUGCGCGCGCGCGCGCGCGUGUAAGGCGGUUGCUGCUAAGAAAGCAACAGAGAGAGAGAGAGAGAAAAACUUGAGAGAGAGAGAGGCGGAGGGAAGUAUUUUCUCUUUCUUCCCUCCCUCUUCACAGCUGAUCGACACGACUGCAGUUGCAGGACCGCUGCAAAGAGCUGUAGUCAUGUUUGGAGGGAUCCUGCCCCUGGUGCUGCUCCUCCCCUUGGUCGCCUCCGCCUCCCCUUCCAAGGCCCCUCCCAGGAUCUGCAGGCGCUGCUGUGACCAUCUCGAGCCACCGGAGGGCGCCUCUACCCGCACUGCCCCUCCCCAGCGGGUGCCCGAAGUCCGAACCUUCAUCAACAUGACCAUCCUCAAAGGGGACAAAGGUGACAGGGGGGACAAGGGGACACCAGGGAAAGCUGGAAUCGAGGGGUCCCCAGGGGCCCCUGGCCCCAUGGGUCCCAAAGGAGGCAAGGGCCAGGCUGGUCCCCCUGGAGACCCCUGCAAAACCCAGCACUCGGCCUUCUCCGUGGGCCGACGGAAGGCCCUGCACAGCGUGGAGUACUACCAGGCGCUGGUCUUCGACACGGUCUUCGUCAACCUCCACGAGCACUUCAACAUGUUCAAGGGCAAGUUCUACUGCUACGUCCCGGGCGUCUACUUCUUCAACGUCAACAUCCACACCUGGAACUUCAAGGAGACCUACAUGCACAUCAUGCAGAACGACCAGGAGAAGGUGAUCCUGUACGCCCAGCCCAGCGAGCGCAGCAUCAUGCAGAGCCAGAGCAUCAUGCUGUCCCUGGAGCAGAACGACGAGGUGUGGGUCCGCCUGUACAAGCGCGAGCGGGAGAACGCCGUCUACAGCGACGACGUGGACGUCUACAUCACCUUCAACGGCUACCUCAUCAAGCCCAACGUGGAGUAGACCCCAGACUCCACUACCCAGCUGCCAGCCCCUACUUCUAACCCCUAAUAGAGGUCCUCUUACGUAGGGCUCUUGAAUACCCAAUUUAAAAAAAAAAAGAUUUAACAGAAGCCACUGAAUUAAUGGAAAAGUAAAAUAAACCAGUAAAUCAGCUGAAUAAACAAGCAAGUAAAUGCGAGCCUGAGACCUUGAAGGGUUUUCAAGUCCUAAAACUGUACAAGUCUGAAAAUGACUUGUUUUACUAAACUGAUUCUUAUUUUUUUAUUUACAUGGAAAUUAAUUAAUACAGUGCAAAUUUGAACAUUUUGGUUGGGGAGGGGGGGCUGUGCAGGUGUUUACAAUGGUACAGUUGACCUGGUUUUAAAGAUAUAUUGGUGCUGCAGGUCUGCACUGAAGGGGCCACAGGCUCAUGUUGAUAUCCUCACAAAACCUAUGAUAUUUUGGUGCUCCCUUAACGACAACAGCAAUAAUUUUUUCUAUAUAUAUUUUUUUAGAACAUUACAAAAAAAGCAAGGUGCUGUACUGGAUCUGCAGUAUUCUACAGGGAUCGGUUUGCCAAGUUUGAAACCAUUUCUGCAGCUGCCUACAGUUAAAAGGUUCCAUGACUAAUCCCCAAAGAACAGUAUUCAUCUCCAUGGCUUCUCCUUAAAAACCCUUCUUUGAACCUGAAGUGAAACAAUCCUUAAAUGGAAGGAGCACCGCUGGGGGAACAGAAAGAUUGACCGAAAGUAGAAAGGAUACGUUGUGUUUCUCAAAUCGUCCCCGGCAAGGUGAAGGUGUUGGAAGAGAACUCUGUGACAGGAUGUGGUAAAAGUGCCGGUUAUAUUUACAGCUGUAAAAAGGUUCUUUUAAAAAAGAUUUUUGAACAGACUCUAUGCCACUGUUUAUGACAUUUGUCUGAACUGACAGAAAACAUUCAUAAAAUCCUUCAGUACAUUACACUGCCUAAAGCUUUCCAAACCAUAAUGACGUAAGAAGCGAUUAACAGUAGUUCUAAAAGGCAAUGCACAUAUGCAGUAUCUCAAAGUUUGUCAUUACAAUAUGAGGUAGCCUUUUAAAAAAAUCAUUUUUAGGGGAAGUCUUUUAAAAAUUGCAUUGUCUGUUCAACAAAAUGGUUUCUGAGCAAAUGAAUGGGCCCUAAAAUCAAGAUACUCUGAUGUUAGUUAUGGACAGAUGCAUAGUGGGGCUGCAUUUCAAAAGCAGGGGAUCCCCUGAUAGGGUGGAGAACUUCUCAGUCAACCUCAGGCCCAAACAACCCAUCUGCACUCAGAAAGCCACAGAUGGCUGGGGGGCUGCUUUCUAAACAGAUUUGAAACAGGAAGUCAAGGAUGUGUGCUGGUUCUCUCUAAAUGAAACCAGACCUCACCACUGUUGGUCUAUGACGGAGUUGGGGGAGAAGUGAAGAGAGAGAAAGAGACAGAGAGGAACGUUAAAAUUUAUCCCAACCGGUAAAUUUUAGUAAUUACUUGAUGGCCCGGUUGUGUUCCUUAGUUAUUGCCUAGUUUGUCGUUCACGCCAGCCCUUGGAAACAAAUGCAGAAGGUGGAGCCAAAGAACAGCAAAUGAGGACCGACAUCCUCGCAAGGAUCCUCUGAUGUUAGCGCCUGGUUAAACUGUGAGCGGCGCGCGGGGUUGUGGGGUUGACACUUUCUUGGCCGUCUCAGUGGAAGUGGGGAUUUUAUGGCUCUGUUUUAGCAUCGCCAACACAAACAUCAGUGAGACCGAAGGCAUGUUAGGACUUGGGCAAACGGAGUCAGCUGCUAAAACUCGGUAGCAAAGUGAACUGCGAGUGUAGCAUAAGCAAAAAGAGGUAGAGGCAGAGUCUAUUAAGCCAAGAGUUUAUGGCUGCCGGUGGAAGUGCAGAGUUGUGGUUUUGGCUAAGAGCUGCAGCCUCAGGUGAAAACAACAGCUGGCAGGCUUGAUCUCGGAUCCGAUACGCUUCGAUAAAGUAGAAGACAAUGAGUUAUGGUGCAGUUACGCUCACCUCAAUGAGCAAACAAAGAGCAGAAAAGACAAGACAAGUUGGCCUCGUUUGCUUUUCCGGUUGCUCGGUGAGCCCAGACAGUAUUUUUUUGGCAACUAAAAAGCUAAAUGAAAUCAUAGUCAUAAACAAGACUGAAGAACAAGAGUGAACAGAAACAGGAUAUCAACACGGGGUUGCAACAAGGGAUUAUGGGACGUUGAAAUGCCUUAAGCAUUAGUAUAUCAUUAUUUGUGGAAUGUCCACAGUUUAAGGGCCAAAAGGUUACUUUAAAUAAUUCUCUGAAGGAUUAUUUUUUUUGUUGUCGUUUAUAUUUUAGUUUCCAAUACUGGUGCUUAAGUCUUGUUUGUCUAUAGGUGCUACUAUUGUAUUUGAUUCAAUAAAUGUGCAAUUUUUUAUAUCUGAAAUAAAAAUAUAUAUAUAUACUGUAUGUGAAUAAUGCAUACAUUUUCAUAAUGUAUGUGGAAUAUGUUGUAAUUAAAUAUACUGACUCACUGAUGAAA